GAUGACUUGAAAAAAACAUAGUGACCGGAAUUCAGCUCAUCAUUAUAAUUUCUCCUUUUUAUUAAUUCACAACAGACACGAUGAGCUGUCCAGGAUUUGGAGAACUAAAUAUACCCUCAUCGCGUGCCUUCUGGGACGACUGCGAGGAGGAUGAAUUGGAGAACCUAAAGCCGGUGGAGAAGCUGCAGCUGAAGUUCGACGAUGAUUGCGAUGGGGAAGCUGCCACUGUGGAGAGCGAGAUGCUGGUGGUCAUUGAGGGCAUCAACGUCACUCACUUCGCCUCCUCUCUGCUGGCAAAAGAUGCAAAGCGCGUGUGCGCCAUUCCUGCCAAUAACUCGACCCUGCACUGGAGUCAUUCAUCCAAACAGUUGCUGGCCAUAAUCAACGAGGACCUGACCAGUAGCGGCGAGGUUGCGGAACUCCUACUACCGUACGUUAAGCUAGCAAAGAAAGUGAUCACUUUGACGCUUAAGCCAAAGGUCGAGUUCAAAAGCGAGGACAUCCAGCUCUACCGGGAUCACAUUGCCGUUGUCCGCGGCAUAGGUGCCAACCAGAAGGAAAUCACUGAACUAGAGGCUCCUAACUUUAUUGCUGGAGUUGCAGCAGGCGUUGCCAGUUGGCGGGAUCAGAUGGAGUUGCCCGUUACCUCCUUCGUUAUUUACACAGACAAGCUACCCCUAGACUCCACAGCUGCCCAGCCAGUGAUCAAAGUACUUCAAGGCGCUGGCGUGGCCUGCAGCUCAAGCUACAUCCCUCCGCGCAAGGAGAGCUCUUAUUUGUACAUGUGAAACUACUUUUGGCUGCUCAACUUCCUAGUUUUAAUGCUUGUAAAAAUGAUGCGGUUGCGGAAUAAAAAUCGAACUACUUAAGUACUUCAAAAA